CAGAAAUGGCGCCAAAGGCAGAGAAGAAGCCAGCGGAGAAAAAGCCGGCGGCGGCGGCGGCAGCGGCAGAAAAAGCUCCUGCUGCGGAGAAGAAGCCGAGGGCAGAGAAGAAACUCCCAAAGGAAAGUGGAUCAACGGCCGACAAGAAGAAGAAAAGAGCGAAGAAGAGCGUGGAAACGUACAAAAUCUACAUAUUCAAGGUAUUAAAGCAGGUUCAUCCAGACAUAGGGAUAUCGAGCAAGACAAUGGGGAUAAUGAACAGCUUCAUUAAUGAUAUCUUCGAGAAGCUUGCUCAGGAAGCUUCAAGGUUGGCUCGGUAUAACAAGAAGCCGACCAUUACUUCGAGGGAGAUCCAGACGGCGGUUAGGCUUGUUUUGCCUGGAGAGCUCGCUAAACAUGCUGUUUCGGAGGGGACUAAGGCUGUCACUAAGUUUACAAGCUCCUGAAAGGGAUUUUUCUGAGGGUAUUUUGGGAAGUUUGAUUUUGGGUUUGGGUUUUCUAGUUGUAAAGGUUAAGAUUAUGUUUUCAGAUAUUAAUGCUGUAACUUUUAAAUAUCAAUUGAUGCCCAAUUUCGAUU